AUAAAUGUCAUCAUUUAGAGGCGGUACCGAGGGCGGCUGGAGCAAAGACCGCCGCCUGUCUCUCACGGAACUACGAAUCCCAGAAAGCUCCGGCGCAAGGAGCGAGUGCGCCUGCGCGAUGGGCUUUGCCUCCCUGCAUCUGUAGUCCGACGAUCUAGGAUCUAGGACAUAAAGCGCACGUUGCUUUGAAGGUCUAGAAUCAGUCUUCGGAUGUGAAGAAAGUAGCUGCGUCACUCUUCUGGUUGAAAAAUUCUUCUGUCAUUAGGUGGACUUCAAUACCCAGGUUGCUCUGGGUAGGCCGCCGGGUACGGUUCUACGGACGUCAUUUCCGCCCUGGUUGCCGGCCGUAAAGUGACGCGACGGGGCCUGUGGGAAAAGGAGUACGUCUAUUCUUUAAUUUUACGGCACGAUGGCGGUCGCCAGGGAGACGGCACGCUUCUUGGUAACACGCUAUCUCCGGGCCCGCUGGACCGCUCCCGGUUGGUGGCAGUGGCCGGUGAGUCGGGUGUCGAGUGAAGCUGCUGGCGAUGUGACUUCCAACAGCUCCGCGACGCUCUUCGAGCGACUGAGGACCGCGGUCUGUCCGGAGUCCUCCAAACCUUCCUGGGGGUGGUGGCGCAGUCAGCCAGUCCAGCUCCUGCAGUUCAGACCUCCGACCGACGAGCGCCGCCACGGGCUGCCGGCUGCCCUGCAGUUCGGACCUCCAGCCGCUCGCCUGCAGUUGAGCGGCUCGGCCAGCGGGAGGCGCUGGCGGCCGGGGGAGGAGCAAAGUGAUUGGUCGGUGGGAUCGGCCGCCUGGCUGUGCACGCUGGCAGCCGGGCUGGUGCACUGUUCCAGCAGGUCGGCGGACUCUGACGGCCAGGCACUACUGGAAGCUGCUCGUCUGAACAACGUGGCUGAGGUCAGCAGGUUGCUGUUGGUUGGUGUUCCCGUCUCUCACAGACACAAGCUGGGUUGGACUCCACUCAUGGUGGCGGCCAUGAACAAAAACCACAGUGUGGUAAAGGUUCUGUUGGAGGCUGGUGCUGACCCCAAUCUUGGAGAUGAAUUCAGAAAUGUGUACGAGACAUCGAGGGAGAAACGCAUCCAUUCUUUGGAAGUACUGGUGAGCCGGGAAGAUGAGUUCAGCAACCGGUUGAACACUCGGGCCAGUUUCCGUGGCUGUACAGCCCUACACUACGCUGUGCUGGCUGACGACUACCAAAGCACCCAGCUGCUGCUUGAGGCCGGCGCCAACCCCUCGCUGCAGAACGACAUGGGACACACACCCGUUGAUUAUGCCCGGGAAGGAGAAGUCAAGAAACUACUGAAGGAAGCUGAAAUGAAGUACCAGGAGCAGCAGAGGAAGCGGGAAGCAGAGGAGCGUAGGCGAUUUCCCCUGGAGCAGAGACUGAAACAACACAUUAUCGGUCAGGAGACAGCCAUUGCAACUGUGGCAGCAGCCAUCCGAAGAAAGGAGAACGGUUGGGCAGACGAUGAACAUCCACUGGUCUUCCUGUUCCUCGGCUCGUCUGGGAUAGGAAAAACAGAGCUGGCCAAGCAUAUUGCCAAGUACAUGCACAACGACAUCAAGAAGAAAUUCAUCCGGCUUGACAUGUCAGAAUUCCAGGAAAAGCACGAAGUUGCGAAGUUUAUUGGCUCCCCUCCCGGUUACGUGGGCCAUGAGGAAGGUGGGCAGCUCACCAAGAAGCUGAAGCAGAAUCCAAACGCCGUGGUCCUUUUCGAUGAGGUGGACAAGGCCCAUCCCGAUGUCCUCACCAUCAUGCUGCAGCUCUUUGAUGAGGGCAGGCUGACAGACGGCAAGGGAAAGACCAUCGAGUGCAAGGACGCAAUCUUCAUCAUGACCUCCAACGUAGCCAGCGAUGAAAUUGCCCAGCACGCCUUGCAGCUGAGGCAGGAAGCCCAAGAGUUGAGCAAGAAACGACUGGCCGAGAAUCUAGGUGACGAGCUUCUGACAGAGAAAGUGACCAUCUCCAAUCAGUUCAAGGAGCAUGUGAUCAGACCAAUCCUGAAGGCACAUUUCCGGCGGGACGAAUUUCUGGGCAGAAUCAAUGAAAUCGUGUAUUUCCUCCCCUUCUGUCAUUCGGAGUUGAUUCAGCUCGUCAACAAGGAGUUAAACUUCUGGGCCAAGAAGGCCAGGCAGCGACACGACAUCACCCUGAAGUGGGACCGGCAAGUGAUGGAUGUUCUGGCAGAAGGAUACAACCUGCACUACGGAGCAAGAUCCAUCAAACACGAGGUUGAACGGCGUGUCGUUAACCAGUUGGCAGCUGCCUACGAGCAGGAGCUGCUGCCUCAUGGCUGCACCCUGCGGAUCACUGUGGAGCAUCCUGGUGCAGGGGCCGUCAGGGGACAAGGCGGGAGGCACGAGGAGCCUGACUCCAACGGUGCAAAGAUCAGGCUGGAGAUUGUGGACAAGGACAGCAAGACCCGGCAGCUGGAUAUUCAGCCUCCAAUUAAAUCCAGCAAGGUGUCUCACUGGUGACAGAGCAGAACAGACACCAUCACAGGAGAGACUUAAAUGGAAGCAGACUCACUGAACACCUCCUCCAGCUCUGAAUCCCGAAUCAACCCCACCUUCCCCACUCUCAUUGUUGCCCGGUGCCACGCAUGGGGGUUACUCACUGUGGGAGAUGAUCCUGAUGACGGGGAUGAAGGACUGAACUUACUGCAGUGAUCAGGAGCGAGGGUUUCGAAUCUGCUGAUUCCAGGACAAUUUCCGAAUGUGACUGACCCAGAAAUACAGCACCCGCCAGAGUUUAGUUCUGAAGCAGGACACAGAGCUGAAAGCUGCCCCAUUGUACAGAGCAGGAGUCCCACUAUUCACCAAGAAAUUAAUUUUAAUUAAGGCCCAUCACGCCUACUGGGACAUAGGCUACCAACUGCAGCUUGCCAGAGUACCUUGUCCUGGGCCAGUCUUCUACACUGCCCAUCAAAAAUCCUUCCUUUCCCUGGGAUGAAGUUUUUGGAGCUUCUGUUGGUGUUUCUGUAGCUCUGGGUUUUUACAGGAAGGGGUUGCAAGCCCCAUGUACAACCCUCCUCCUUUCACAGAUGGGCUUGGGACUGUUCAUGACAGAGUUAAUCACUGAGAGAGAGAUGUACAAAUAGUGUGUCUUUUUGAAAGUUCUAUUUAAUAGUAAUCCAAAAGCAAAUGUUCCUGUUUCAUACAUAUACAUCAUAAACCAUUUGCUAUGUAGCCCUUGAUUUGUUCUGUGUUGUAACAGGAAACUGUGAGAGCAUUGCAAGGUAUUUAAAUAAAAUCACGUCUUUACGUGGAUAGUUUUGGCAAGUA